AUGGAGUCUUCAUAUGGAGCACGAUGUGGACCCGCAUCUACGUUUCACCCGAGCCCGGGUUACAUGUUUCUGUACCGUGUUCCCCUUUUGACUUUGGCAUGCCGACCACGCCGAGACUUACUUCUCCCGGAUGCGCCUCUUGCACAUGAGACUGAUACGAGCCUUGCGCAACACCUUCCGAUUCCCGCCUUUCAACCGGAGCCUAUCGAGUUCGACGACCUUCUGGAGUUCGUGAGAUCAGCUUUGGAGGCCGAUCCUUUGAAUGAUCAUCCUGUCUGGAACGACGAGCCAGAGGAGGACUCGGAGUCUAACGAGGAUCCCGAGGAGUUUUGGGCAGCUUAUCAGGAUUCAUCAAGCACCUUGUCAGAUGUGAAGAACAGCAUCUUGCAGAAGUUUGGGGUAUUUGGAAGCAAGUGGGUGAAGAAGCUAUUCUACAAGAUUCCCAUCGCAGUGGUCUCGACCGGUGUUAAGUAUGAUAUGUUUGUGCUAGCGGCUGAUGAAGAUAUUAGGGUUCUGUUUCAUUGUGUUAGGAGUUUUCUGGAGGUCAGAAUACACGAGUUGUUCGCGAAGUUGGAGGUUGGUGUCGAUAGUUCUGGGGCAUCAGCUCCAGUUCAUAGCUCGACUGCCGCGGGCAGUGCGUCUAGUUCGAUGCCUGCGGCCCGGCCGUCUGUUCCGCAGAUCACAUCCCCUUCCUUCGCGGCUGAUUUAGGACGAACGGAUGCAGUUGGUUCUGUACUAUUGGAGAAUCCUGGGGUUUGGCAGCAGGCAUUUGAGGCGGAUACAGGUGGUGGCAUAAUUCAUGAAGAUCAAGGCUUUUGGGAACCUGAUCGAGUAGAGAAUGCAAUGCGGGAUGACGACUCUGACCAGAAACCUGUAGAUAUCAUUAGGGACAGUGAUGAUGACACAGGUGCUAAUCCACAUGCACAACACAGGCCUUCAAGUUCUGGCACACAGCAGUACCCUCCACACUUCUCCACUCUAAACUUGGAGGCUUUGGGUCAACAGGCGGACAAUAAAGAUGAGGCUGUUCUGAGUGUGAAGGACUAUAGCAUCCGUCAUGGUGUUGAGUACCGAGUUUUGAAAUUGGAUCAUCUGAAGUAUCAUGGAAAAUGCAAGGAGUUCGGCAAGGGUUGUACUUGGUUGAUUUGCAUAUCGCUUCGUACACGAAAGAGCACUUGGGAGGUUAGGAGGUACAAUGGUCCCCACACUUGCUUGGCCACCUCUAUUUCCAGUGAUCACCGUCAGCUUGAUUACCACGUCAUCUGUGCGAGGAUUUUUCUGUUGGUUAGGGCAGAUGCUGUAGUUACGAUAAAGGUCUUGCAACAAGCAACAGAAGCUGAUUAUGGGUUCAGGCCUAGUUACAAGAAGGUUUGGAUGACAAAACAGAAGGCAGUCGCACAAAUAUAUGGAGACUGGGAAGAGUCGUAUGCCGAGUUGCCACGUUGGAUGCUAGGGGUACAGUUGACCAUGGCCGGGACUGUGACUGUGUUGAAGACCUCUCCUGUUCGAGUUGGGGAUCAGGUCGAUGAGUCUACGGUGUACUUUCAUCGUCUUUUCUGGACAUUUCCACCCUGCAUCGAGGCCUUCCGGCAUUGCAAGCCGCUUGUGAGUAUUGACGGUACCCACUUGUAUGGCAAGUAUGGAGGCACAUUACUAUUGGCGAUUGCGCAGGAUGGGAACUUGAAAAUCCUCCCGAUUGCCUUUGCCCUUGUGGAGGGAGAAAAUGCGGAGUCGUGA